AUGGGGGCCAACGUCAAUCCCGCCGAGAUUUAUCAGCUCAUCGGGGCCCGCCGCCGCCGCCGCGCCUACUUAGAUAGCCAAGCGCCGUUUGCCAACUACGGCAAUCAACCCCGCUGGGCAUCGUCGUUGACAGCUAGUAAUCUGCUGGACGAGGACGACGAAUCCGAGUACGGCACCAACUAUGCGCAGUACGACCAUCCCCAGCACCACGACGACCAGUACGAGUACGCGACCGCUUCAACUGUCACGUCCGAGACAUCCACGAUGACAUCUGCCGCUUCUCGCUCUGGCUUCAGCAGUCGACACAGCCGGCGUGAUACGACACAUAUCACGACGCCCACAGAACGCCCGGAUAACCCUCUGCGAACGUUUCUCCAACAAUUCCCUACCCCCGGCGCCGGUCCGCGGAGCCCCGGUCAAACACUCUGGUGCGAGUUUUUCGGGCUUCUGGAAUGUCCUGCGACGUUCGGCCUUGACGAGGAAGACGAGUGGAUCCGACAUCACGUCGAACAUCUUGAAAACCGUUUCCCGCAGACGCUCAUGUGCUGGUUCUGCGAUCACGUCCCCUUCGUUGCCGAAGAUCCCCGCAACGCUUAUGCCAACUUUGUGGAGCGCAUGCAGCAUGUAAGAAGCCAUAUCGUCUAUGAUUACUGGACGAGUGCGAGUACGCGCCGCGACCUGCACCUUGUCAAGCACUUGCAUGAUGACGGUGUCCUGAACCCCGACCAGUUCGAGGUCGCCAUGCAGUAUGACGAAACACCCGAAUCGUGUCGCCUUACCGGCGAUCAUUCGUACCCCCCUUCUUCGUCGUCGUACCAGCAGCCACUUGGCCAAAGUGUAAGGGUGGAAUUCCACGACCUGAAGAAAGAAGAACGCGAGCGGCGCCGCCAGCAAAAGCAACGGCAAAGGCCUAGCCAGAGACGAUAA